CUAGUGUGUUCGCGUAGCGACCAAAUGCGAGCCGCCAAGAGAAACCCUCCCUGCGAUCCGCUCCCCACCAUCAUACGAUUGAUUUCAAGGGAAGGAAACAAAAAUAAAAAAAUUGGAUGACAGGGCAGCUAGACAAGAAUGCAGUUUCGACAAGCAUAUUUCCUACGUCUCAAGUCUGGCUGGUUUGUGUAUGGUCUCCUGCUUUUUCCCUGGAUACCACGGAAUCUCAAAUUUGCCGUGUAUGUAGGGCGUAGAGAAGUUGUAUGCACUGUGCAGGAUGGAUGGAUGUAUGUAGGUAGGGCUUUGCGGCAUGAAGGCACAAACCACCACCACCAUACUGAAACCCUUCCUCCCUUCCGAGUUCCCUCUUCCAUCCCUUCCCUUCCUCAACCACCAACGCCAUCGGCCCUACAACUCCAAAGACACUUGACACAAAUGACGCAACAACCGACAUUCUCUCCCCUCCUUUCUGUCGUAGAAUCGAAACCCCAAACCCACGAACCCAGGCAUGAAAUUUGGCAGCUAAUCAACUCUCCUAGAUUCACAAUCCGGUCCCUUCUCGGCUUGACAGCACCUGACGAAAAGGGGAAAAAAAACGGGUUGUCAUGCAUCAUAUCGUCAUUCUUCAGAUACAAGAAGAAAGAAAAGUACUAGGCUGGAUGCAACCCCGACCGCCGCUAUUGUGCAGGGAUAGUGCUCCUGCAGUGGUGUAUAGACUAGACUAGACUAGACCUGGCGACUGUCCUGUUUGCCUAAGCAACUACAGAGUACCAAAUAACCUUAGGCUUAAGUUGCCUAAGUACCGUAUACACUGUACACAAGACCAAAAAGUCCACCUGUCAUGCCGACUCCGAAUUGUGAUGAACCAAUCCCACCUCCCCACAUCGUUCAACGGUCUUACGUGGAGACAAAUGCGAUGCAUAGGUACUGUGCAUACAGUGCAGAAGACAGAGACGGUGCCUCACUUUAUCGGUUUGGGUAAUAUGCACCGUCCACCGUAUGCUGUUGGGCAGAAUAG